AAGCGCUCAGUGUGGAGCUGUCAGUAAAAGUAGUUGUAGCGACAGCCCAUAGAUAGUACAGUGUGUCCAGUUACAGUCUGACCGCCUCUCCUGCUCAGUGGCAAAAUACAGUACGCGUGGAAAUACAUUGGAUUGAAUAGGCAUAUACAUUGGAUAGAGAGGAAUAACGUUGCUUUUUGAUUAUGGCUGAUGUCACGCAAUUCAACGAGGGGACCGGGGACGUCGCGAAAGGGUUCGCUCGUAAAGGAGCUUUGAGGCAGAAGAACGUCCAUGAAGUGAAGGACCACAAAUUCACUGCAAGGUUCUUCAAGCAGCCGACUUUUUGUAGUCACUGCACCGACUUUAUCUGGGGAUUUGGAAAGCAAGGAUUCCAGUGCCAAGUUUGCUGUUUCGUGGUCCACAAGAGGUGCCAUGAGUUUGUCACGUUCUCUUGCCCCGGUGCGGAUAAGGGUCCCGACACAGACGACCCCAGAACCAAGCACAAGUUUAAGAGCCACACCUAUGGCAGCCCCACUUUCUGCGACCACUGUGGCUCUCUCCUGUAUGGUCUCAUCCACCAGGGGAUGAAGUGUGAGACCUGCGACAUGAAUGUGCACAAUCAGUGUGUGAUGAACGUGCCAAGCAUGUGCGGGACGGACCACACCGAGAGGAGGGGACGCCUCUACCUGAAGUGUGACAUCACAGGAGACAAGCUGCAGGUCACAGUGGGCGAAGGUCGAAAUCUGAUCCCCAUGGACCCCAACGGCUCAUCUGACCCUUACGUCAAGCUCAAGCUCAUCCCAGACCCCAAGAAUGAGACCAAGAAGAAGACCAAGACCAUCCGCGCCAACCUCAACCCCACCUGGAAUGAGUCUUUCACAUUCAAGCUGAAGCCUACAGACAAGGACCGCAGGCUGUCUGUGGAGGUGUGGGACUGGGACCGGACCACCAGGAACGACUUCAUGGGCUCCCUGUCCUUCGGCGUGUCAGAGCUGAUCAAAUCGCCUGUGUGUGGCUGGUACAAGAUGUUGAACCAAGAGGAGGGAGAGUACUACAACGUGCCCAUAUCAGAGGAGGAUGACGGAAACGAGGAGCUCAGACAGAAGUUUGAGGGCCAGGCCAAGGACAAAGCCAGCCAAGUUCAGAAAGCCAAGCUGGGCCCUGGUACUAAGAAGGUGAUCGCUCCAUCAGAUGACAGCAGGUCUAAUCUGCCCUCUAACAACCUGGACUCUGUCAAACUCACCGACUUCAACUUCCUGGCCGUGCUGGGGAAAGGCAGCUUCGGCAAGGUGAUUCUGGCAGAGAUGAAGCCCACAGAGGAUCUGUACGCCAUCAAGAUCCUGAAGAAGGACGUGGUGAUCCAGGAUGAUGAUGUGGAGUGUACCAUGAUAGAGAAGAGAGUCCUGGCCCAGCAGGACAAACCACCCUUCCUCACCUCACUCCACUCCUGCUUCCAGACCGUGGACCGGCUGUACUUUGUCAUGGAGUAUGUGAAUGGGGGAGACCUCAUGUACCACAUCCAACAAGCGGGCAAGUUCAAAGAGCCACAGGCAGUGUUCUAUGCAGCAGAGAUCUCUGUUGGCCUGUUCUUCCUGCACAAGAAAGGAAUCAUUUACAGGGAUCUGAAGCUGGACAACGUGAUGCUGGACUCGGAGGGCCACAUUAAGAUUGCUGACUUUGGCAUGUGUAAAGAGAACAUAUACGAGGGAGUGACCACUCGCACCUUCUGUGGGACGCCCGACUACAUCGCCCCAGAGAUUAUUGCAUACCAGCCAUAUGGGCUAUCAGUGGAUUGGUGGGCAUACGGAGUGCUGCUCUAUGAAAUGUUGGCAGGACAGCCCCCGUUUGAUGGUGAGGAUGAGGACGAGCUCUUCCAGUCCAUCAUGGAGCACAACGUGUCGUACCCCAAGCAAAUGUCCAAAGAGGCCGUGUCCAUCUGCAAAGGGCUGAUGACCAAACACCCGUCGAAGCGUCUGGGCUGCGGCUCCGAGGGAGAGAGGGACAUCCGGGAGCACGCCUUCUUCAGACGCAUCGACUGGGAACGUCUCCAGAACCGCGAGAUCCAACCCCCCUUCAAGCCCAAAGGGUGCGGCAAAGGGGCGGAGAACUUCGACAAGUUCUUCACGCGCACCCAGCCCCAGCUCACGCCGCCCGACCAGCUGGUCAUCGCCAACAUCGACCAAGCUGACUUCUCAGGCUUCUCAUUCAUCAACCCCCAGUUCAUACACCCCUCCCUGGUCUCCCUGCACACCGUAUGAGGAGGAGGAGGAGGGGGGGGGGACCAUGGACCCCCCUUCCUACCUCCGCUACCUACCUAGCACUAACCCUCCACCAACUGCAGCUUCUUCAAGCCAAACUCCCAACCACCAAACUGGUCCAACUUAACAACAACAACGUGGACACUGAUAUCGACCGCCAUUUUGAGUUCCUCUAUCAAUGUAUUAAUGAUGUGUCCUCUAGGAAUUGGACUUGGGGCUCUGAGUGAGAGGAGUUGGUGAGUGGAAAUGCUGUGUGUUAAUGGUGAGGAUGAAGGUUUGAGGAAGGAGGUGUAUGUAGGGUUGAUAUACUUUCCCACCCACCCGUUGUGUUUGUAUUCGAAUGGGCAAUUAUUUGAAAUCAACUCCUAUUGAAAUGAAUCAUGAUAGAUAUUGAGAUGACUGACCUGUUGUUUUGAAUGUGUGGGGACAAAACCCAUGAAACAAUGCCAGUUUUUUUAACUGAUUCUAGAGCGAAGGGUUAACUUCUUGUUAAACCCUGUACUGGCUAUACUGGUCUCCAUUGAAACCCAAGGAAACUACAAACGUAAUCUCUUGUUUUGAGCUAUUGGGUCAGAGUUUGAGCCAAAUAUGAGGUCAGUACAGGGAGACUAUGUUUACAGUCUUACCUUGUGUUGGUGAGAUUUUAUUUCAAUAUGUGUCAUAACAGGUGCCCCUAUGUUUCAAUAUGCAUCAAAUAAUACACACCCAGUACGAAUAUCGUGACACACUAACAAUAACACGCACAUACAGAUGUAGGAUCUUCAUUUGAUCCCCCUAUUGCAGGAAAACUUUCCUGCAUUGCAAACUAAAAUGUGUAAUGUAUUUGAGGUUUAAAAAGGCUUUUGAAGUUUGUAAUUUCCACUUAGAAAUGUCAGACUUGAUUUUCCCUUAAGAAAAAUGUAUCAACCCUUUAAAAAAAGGCUAUUAAUUAUGAUCCACCUAAUAAUUCACAUUUCCUGUAGCCGCAGGAUACAUUUUUCUGCUGUAGCAAACUGGCUCAAAUUAAGAUCAUACAUCUGUACACACAAAUUGCAGUUACACAGGGAUAUAUUGAACCUUGAACUACAGGUUGUAUGGUUAUCUUGUCAUUAGGUUUACAACCGUGAGUGGACAUUCAGACCGAACACAGUAGAAGUUGUGGUUAGAUGAAGUAGGCAGUGUGACAGUCACAUCUUCUUUAAACACCUACACAAGAAUCACAGGUUAACAGAAGUAUAAAGGUGGUCUAUCCAAAACCAAAUCGAGAUCAAUUAAACACUACUUUGUGACAACCUUUU